AUGGAAUAUCAAGGAAAUGCGUAUUUUAGCAACCUAAUGAACGAGUUUGACGUUGACCAUAAUUUUACCACUGAAUCUCCUCAACAAGAGAGUCAAUCUUUAUCAUUCUCUCCUGAAAUUAUUACUCAAACUACAAAGAUAUCACAACGCAAAGGGAAUUUCACCGAAGAGGAAGACAUGAUGCUUAUAUCUUCAUGGCUUAAUAUUAGCUUAGAUCCAAUUAGAGGAAAUGAACAAAAGUCAAAGGCAUAUUGGUUAAGAGUGUGGGAGAACUACAACAAGUACAAAACCUUUGAUUCUGAAAGAACUCAAACUUCUCUAAUGAAUCGGUGGUCGACGAUUCAACUUGCCACAAAUAAAUUUUGUGGAUGUUUUGCUCAAGUUGAACGGUUAAAUCGAAGUGGUUCGACUGAAAAAGACAAGAUUCAAGAUGCGAAAAAAUUGUACAGAGACUUGUACCACUCGAACUUUCCCUUUGAGCAUUGUUGGAAUGAAUUGAGAUCCCAACCAAAAUGGAUGGAAGAUACAACAACAAAGAAGCAAAAAAGCACAAAAAAUGCAUCUCCGGCAACGUCUACACCAGAUUCAGUAAACUUAGAGAACAAUGACAACUAUGAUGUUGUGGAAAGACCAAUAGGAAGGAAGGCCGCAAAGAAAAACAAAGCUAAAGAUCUUGGAAAUAAUGUUACAGAGUCUCCUUUUGUGAAGCUCUUAGAAGAGAUAAAGAUGGUCAAGUUUGGAGCAUUAGAUCUGGCUACUGGUGUUGGUGGAAAGAUUGAGAAGAAGGAAAUGGUCAAGUCUGGAGCAUUAGAUCUGGCUACUGGUGUUGGUGGAAAGAUUGAGAAGAAGGAAGUACUUUCAGCUGUUGAAAAUCAUAACUGUUUUUGA